AUGGCACCUUCAGGCAAGGACUCGAUCCUGACGAGAUAUGAGAUAGGGAAGCAAAUUGCAGAUGGGAGGCAUAUAAUUAUCUUCGAAGGAAAAGUGCUCAAAGUGGAUGCCUGGUUGAAAUUCCAUCCAGGGGGUGAUAAAGCUAUCAAGCACAUGGUUGGAAGGGAUGCCACAGAUGAGAUAAAUGCACUACACUCUGCCGCAGCACGACAGCGGAUGAAGGCGUUUCAAAUCGGAAGAAUUGAGAGCCCGUGGAUCAAUUUCGUCCCUCCAAUCCAGGGAGGGGACUUUGGAAAAUACAAUACAACGGAAGUCCCAUCCAUUGAAUCUGACGAUAGCUCGUCCGGCCCUGAACAGUCGAUCCCCCCUUCACCGCUCUUCGAGGCAGUCGAUAAGGAAACGUCUGGACUCAGGCGACGGGGUUCUGCUUCCACGUCCAUCUCCUCGGUUGAAUCCUCCUCCCCGAAAAAGACGGAUGCACAAUCGAGGCCAUACUUUCUUGAUGCUAGGACUCAGCAGGAAAUCGACUUCGACACCGCCAAGUACCCGCCAAUAAAUGCUGUCGAACAAGAGCGCAUUGUACAGAAAUACCGACAGCUCUACGAUCGGUUACGCGAUGAAGGACUGUUUAACUGCAACUAUCUAGCGUACAUGGUAGAAUUGGCCCGCUAUGUGCUACUUUCUGGACUAUUUGUGUAUUUCCUGCGACACGGCUGGUAUGCCACGUCUGGUCUCUUCCUUGGACUCAUGUGGCACCAGCUUGUUUUCACGGCUCAUGAUGCCGGCCACAUGGGGAUCACUCACGGCUUCCACACUGAUACAGUAAUCGGAAUCAUCGUUGCGGAUUUCAUCGGUGGACUCAGCAUUGGCUGGUGGAAGAGGAACCACAACGUGCACCACAUCGUCACCAACUCGCCGGAACACGAUCCAGAUAUCGAACAUAUGCCCAUAUUUGCUAUCUCGCAUAGAUUCCUCGACAGCCUUCGAAGCACGUACUAUGAUCGCAUCAUGGAAUACGACUUCGCGGCGAAAUUCCUCAUUCGUUACCAGCAUCUGCUCUAUUAUCCAAUCCUUUGCUUCGGGCGAUUUAAUUUAUAUCGACUCAGCUGGGAAUACCUGAUUCUUGGCCAGGGACCUCGAAAGGGUCCCGCCUGGUGGCAUCGUUGGCUUGAGAUUGCAGGACAGGUCUUUUUCUGGACUUGGUUUGGCUAUGGGGUGGUAUACCUGAGUAUUCCUGACUGGAAGAGCCGACUUAUAUUCGUCAUGGUCAGUCAUAUGGUCACCGCACCCUUACAUGUGCAAAUCACACUAUCCCAUUUUGCCAUGUCAACUUCUGAUAUGGGCGUGCAUGAAUCAUUCCCGCAAAAGAUGCUUCGAACAACUAUGGACGUUGAUUGUCCGCAAUGGCUGGACUUCAUUCACGGAGGCCUUCAGUUUCAGGCCGUUCACCAUCUUUACCCACGGCUACCUAGACAUAACCUCCGUCGGGCGCAAAAAUUGGUUCUAGAAUUCUGCGAAGAAACCAAGAUCCCGUACGCAAUAUUUACUUUCCUUGACGGCAAUAAGGAAGUCAUUGGGCGUUUGGGUGAUGUUGCUAAACAGGCUCGAAUGUUGGCUGAGUGCCAGAAGUCAAUUGCUGAAAAGGGGGUAUUUUCAGAUCACCAUCAUUGA